AUGUCCGGUGAAUUCCCUGCUAUUCAACCAGGCGGUUCUCUCAUUGUUGCGUGGCAGGUGAGGGACAAGCGUGUCCUUGUUGUUGGUGGUGGUGAGGUAGCUGCCGGUCGCAUUGUACAUGCGCUGAAUGCAGACGCCAAGGUCGUUGUUGUCUGUCCAAAGGCGUGUUUGAAUGCCGAAGUGGCUUUUCGCGUGGCCGAACAGCAGGUCGGCCAUGUCGAUCGAAAGUUCCUACCUGAAGAUCUAGUGGGCAUCGACAUGGUCUUCGUGGCCGUUGACGAUCCCGGGGCUUCCACACAGAUAUGGAAGCUGUGUAGGGAGCAGCGUAUCCCUGCUAACAUUGCAGAUGUACCGUCCGAGUGCGAUUUUUACUUUGGCAGCGUACAUCGUGAUGGACCCCUGCAAGUCAUGGUCAGUACAAACGGGAAUGGCCCUAAAUUGGCCAGCAUCAUAAGGAAGAAGAUUGCGGAUACGCUUCCUGAUAAUACCGGUGCAGCCAUCCAGAAUGUGGGGGUGUUGCGCAAGAAGCUGAGAGUAGUUGCUCCAGCUCCUAAUCAAGGGCCAAAGAGAAUGAACUGGAUAUCUCGGGUCUGUGAAACAUGGAGCCUGGACGAGCUUGUUAGCAUGACUGAAGAAGACAUGGACAAUUUGCUUCGGCAUUACGAAUCUGGUAAUGUUCCGAAAUUUGAAGAGGUUCGGCUUGAGCAAGGUGACAAUGUCGCUUCUUUUGAUGGAAGCAUGGGCUGGAGCUCAUGA